AUUAUCUGUAAAACUUAUCUGUAAAACAAAAACCGAGGUAACACAUAACGUAUUUCCUAUUGUACAGAAAAGUUAUAUUGCACAAUAUAUCGCUGAGUAACUUGAGUGAUUCUGAAUAAUUUCAAAGUGGGGAUGCUUGACUUUAUCUACGAGCACGUGUUGCAGCUUGCCCUCAGUGUACUGUCGUAGACGUGCUGACACGUGCUUCUGUCACACUUGCGAGCCUGUUUGUCGACCAAUCAACCUUUCUGUGUUCUUGAUUAAUUCAGAAUGAUCACACCGACGACGGCUGUUCUUGUCCCUGGGUUGUUCGCGCUUGUGUUAGGAGUACCUUUGACCUCUGAAGUUACGGGCACGGAAAACGAGGCAAAUCACGAAAAGGACACUCUGCGACUAGUCACAGUGAUAGUAAGACACGGAGAAAGAGCACCCGUGGAUACCUAUCCGAAUGAUCCUCACAUCAAUUCGAAGAUGGAGCCGUACGGCUGGGGUCAGCUGACAAAUGAAGGAAGAAGGAACCAAUACGAUCUGGGAUUGUUUAUGCGAAAGCGUUACAAUGACUUUCUCCGAUCGAUGUACAGUCCUGACGUCUUCUAUCUGCAGUCGACCGCCGAGGAUCGUACAAAAAUGUCGGGCAUGCUGGAGGCUGCCGCCCUGUGGAAACCCAACAAAAAGCAAAUGUUCAAACCCGAUUUAGACUGGCAACCGGUCGCGUUGUUUUAUCAAAAACGUGAGAACGACACGCUCAUGUUAAUAUGGAAUACGUGUCCGAAAUACACUCAAUUGCGUUCCUCGGUGCACGACUUGCCGGAAAUUCGAAAAGUAGAAGACAACAACAAAGAAUUGUUCAGAGAACUCACGAACUUCACGGGCAUACCGAUCGCAACUAUCGAAGAUGUCGGCUCGCUCUACAGUACGUUAACAGCCGAGGAUCACAUGGGUUUGAUGUUGCCGGAAUGGACGAAGAACUAUUAUCCGAAUAAAUUGGAGCCGUUAAUGUUGUACGAUCUGCAACUCAACACGUACAACGACGAAUUCCGCAGAUUAAAGGGCGGUCCUAUGCUGAAGAAGAUCACCAGCGAUAUGAUGGCGAGAAAAAACGGUAACUUACGACCUGAGAAGAGAAAAAUGUUCAUGUACGUUGGCCACGAUAGCACCAUCGUCACUUUGCUGGACACAAUGCACAUUUGGUACAAUCAGAUGCCGCACUACAACAUCAUGGUCAUGAUAGAGUUGCACGAAGAUGAGGGUGAAUGGAACGUACAGGUAUUUCUAAAAAACACAACAGCUCACGAACCGUACCCGAUGACGAUACCUGGAUGCACUGUUGCGUGUCCUCUUAAUGAUUUCGUUAAGAUCUUGAAACCAAUGAUGCCGGAUAAUUGGAAAGAGGAGUGCAAAGUCGAAGGUGACUACACGACUCCACCUGCACCACUUCCAUAGCUGUAGAAAACAAAUUUU